UACUCAAGUAACGAAGUGUAACCAGCAACUGAGUUUCAGGGGAAAUAGCAUGUGAACGCUUGGUUCCAUGUUCGAUGUGUGGCCGAACGUUCUCCAAAAGUGAGACUGUGGCAUGCCGAGGCAACCUAUACCUUGAGAAUAUCCGUCAAUUACCAGAUAGGACAAUGGAAUCAGCAGCGUUUCCAAGAACAGGAUGUCCUGUGGUCUCCACUCGUGAGGCUCUCGAUGAAUGGGUUUCUCUCGCCGACUCAAGGGACGAAACAGACGCACCAUCCUUUACAAAAUACAUGAGAAAAUUUAGACAGGUAUUUAAACCAAGAAGACGAGCAGAGAAACUACCGGAAGUGAAGGCUGGUAAACCCCAGGAUGACAGCGACGAGUACGACUUCAGCUACCCUAAUAGAGGACUGGCGGUCAUUAUUAAUAAUGAGAAUUUCGAUCCUGAAUCUAAGUUAUCAGAUAGAAAGGGAUCGGGCGUUGAUGCUUCAAAUCUUAAGGGCAUGUUCCAUCGUCUGGGAUUUAAGGUCAUUCUUCACAAAAAUCUGAAGGGAGAAGAAAUGGUUCACACUCUCCAGAAAGUCGCCAGCAACAAGGAAUACGACCACGCCCCGGCAGACUGCUUUGCAUGCGCUAUCCUGUCCCAUGGUGAUAAUACCGACUUUCCGCCCCAAAAAACAAAUGAUGCUAUGCUGCGACACGACUUCGUCUACGGCGUGGACGGCAUGAUAGUCCCAACACGAUUUCUCCUCAGCAUCUUCAACGACGAGUGCUGUCCAGAACUUGAAGGGAAGCCAAGGCUCUUCUUCAUACAGGCAUGUCGGGGAAGGGCCUUAGAUGAUGGAACAGAUAUAACGGUUCUCCAGCGAAAGAAUCAAUCAGAACUUGCUAGUUCACAUGAAAUCCCAAGCGAUGCUGUUCCGGAAGAUACUCUUCAGGUUGGAGAGACGGGUCUACAGCCAAGACAAGCCCAAAUGUCCGCACUUGAGGAAGAAAAAGUACAUUUUGAGGAAAAGGGAGACGAGGUCCAUGGUGAAGAUAAAGGACACUCUGGACGAACGGUUCCUCAAUCUCAAUACCUCACAACCAUCUCUCCAGCACCCAUCUACAAGGACUUCCUCCUUAUGUAUGCUUCUCCUCCGGGGUGCUUUGCAUGGCGGAACAUACACUCCGGGGCAUGGAUGGUCCAGAGCCUGACAUCUGUGCUGAGAGAGGAAGGUGUCGCUGAGGUACCACUCAUGACGCUGCUUCUAACAGUCAGCCAGGGAGUGACGAGGUGCGAAUCCCAUGCUGAUGAACCCUUUGAUAAAAAGAAGGCAGUUCCUUGUAUUAUGUCAAUGCUCACUAAGGAUGUUUACUUUAGAGGCAAACGUUCACCCCCAUUAAAGUCGGAUUCAAGAGACGAGGCUCCAGAGGGGUCGAAAGUCGAGGCUCUAGAUAAAUGGGUUUCGCUCGCCGACUCAAAAGACGCCCGUGGUGUACCAUCGUUUGAAAAGUAUUACGACAAAGUUAAAGAAACAUUUAAACCGCACACACGAGCCAAGAAGCUUGUAAGAAAAGAGACGGCUUCACCCGAGAGCGAUAACAACAGAUAUGACUUCACCUACGCCAAAAGGGGACUUGCAGUCAUUAUCAAUAAUGAGGUGUUUGACCCCAAAACUAAGUUUGGAAAAGAAAUGGAUCGACCAAGGAUGCUGAAAACCUUCAGAAGAUUCGCCAGCAACAACGAAUACGACCACACCCAGGCAGACUGCUUUGCCUGUGCUAUCCUGUCGCAUGGUGAUAAUGAAACGUUUCCGCCCACAAGUCCACCAUGUGAUGCUUUGCUGCGACACGACCUCCUCUAUGGCGUGGACGGAACGAUAGUCCCCACAAGUUUCCUCCUUGGCAUCUUCACCGACGAUUGCUGCCCCGAACUUGAAGACAAACCAAGACUCUUCUUCAUACAGGCAUGCAGGGGUCGAGACUUAGAUGAUGGGAUGGAUGUUACUGUUCUGAGGCCAAAGGUUCCAGUAAAGACUCUAGGUGCUGGUUCAGGUAUAGACACAAGUGAUGCACGUCCCGAGGAACAGCUGGAGACUUUACAUAUUGAUGAAGGAAAGUCAGAAGAAGGGGAAGGGCUGGCCCAGUCCAAACAUAGAGGCGAAUCAAGACAAACAGCUCCUCAAUAUGUCUACACCAUCUCUCCAUCACCCAUCUACAAGGACUUCCUCCUUAUGUAUGCCUCCCCACCAGGGUACUAUGCAUGGCGAAACCAAACAGAUGGAGCUUGGAUGAUACAGCACCUGACAUCGGUUCUACAGAAGGAAGGUAUUGCUGAUGUACCACUUAUGAGCCUUCUCACACGAGUCAGUGGGGAGUGUCAAGUAUGAUGUCACGGGCAAAAGGCAAUAUGAAUAGAAAGAAGGCAGUUCCCUGUGUUAUGUCAAUGCUCACUAAGGAUGUAUACUUUACAUCCAAAACGUCACCACGUUAAGUCAAGUUGAUAUUGUCUACAGGUGUUCAUAUAGAACAAUGUCAAUAAUACCUUCAAUCUACAAUAUGUCCCGGACAUAAAACCUUGGAGAUCAGGACAUUCAAGGUAGCCUGACAUGAUCUAUGAUGAACAUUUUGCCCUUGGAAUUAGCUUAUAUGCAUUUUCGAGCUAGAUGUGGGCAAAAUCACUUGUAUGGUUUUAUUAAAGGCAAAAUGUCAUUCCAUGUAAGUAUUUAUAUAAUGUAACUCACUGUGAUCUCUGUCAACCCUUUCUAGUGAGGUUUUCAUAUAGUUGAUAAAUUGUUGAUACUCUUUUGUAAGAUCUAUAUAUAUAUAUUGAUAAAUUCAAAAUGAUUUCUUGCUCAUAAAUAUUGAAUUAGUUCCAAAUAAAACAAGCACUUACAAGAUAACACAGACAUGAAUUGAUGUAGUGUUUUGUGGCCUGGUAUGCAAGGUGUCCCUUUACACAGAUACAGCUAAGGUAUGUACAUUGGACAAUAUCAGUGCAAUUUGGAAUACACUCUCUACACUGUGGAACAGUGUGCCACAACCAGGCAGUAACCAAGCAGUAUUGGUCAACAGUCUAUCUGGACCAAGAACUAUAUCAGUCAUUGGCGGAUCCAGAGGGGAGGGUCAGGGGGUUCGACAAAAAAAAACACCCCCACCCCCCCUGAAAUGACUUAAGACCACAUUGAAGACUUUUUGCGUUUGCGGAGCCAAUGGGGGGUUCAGGGGGUUCGAAACCCCACUGAAACACACACACCCCACACCCCGAAAUUCCUGGAUCCGCCCAUGACAGUAGUAUAUUGAUCAGUCUGUUUGGACUAAGCACUAUCAAUGCAGUAUUGUGGUAAAGACUUCUGAAUUGAGACAGGAUCUGGGACCAAACAGUAUUUUUAACAAUCUCUGCUGACAUCAAGCCAGCCAAGCAGUAUUGUUGAACAGUCUGUCUGGACAAAGCACAGCCAAAACAGCAUUUUGACCAGCCUAUAUUGAUCAAGAGCUAUCCAAACAGUAUUGCUGAACGGAAGGCUGGCCCAAGCACUAUCCUAACCGUAUAGUUGAAGUGUCUAUCUUGACCAAGUACUUUCCAGGCAUUCAGACUGACAGUCAGGCUAAUUUCAAAGACUGAUGGCAAGGGAGGUAAUCAGUACUGCACAUAGCCAUUUCAAAUGAUUACUUUUGAAAUAAUGAGAGAGAAACUGUGAUGUCAUGUUUAAUGCCCCUUGGCUUGAGUGAGUAUGGUUUUAUGCCACUUUAAGCAAUUAUUCAAGUAAUAUCACGGCAGGGGACACCAGAAAUGGACUUCACACAUUGCAAGCCAUGUGGGGAAUCAAACCUGGGUCUUUGGCGUGACAACUGAAUGCUUUAACCACCAGGCUACCCCACUGCCCCAAUGCCACUUGGAACAGUUUUUCAUCAUAUUAAGGUGGGUCUGCUUGAUUUGGGAGGAAAACUCAAAGUGAUGCAGGCUUGAGAUGGUUGUGGGAUGUGGGAUGCAGGCUUGAGAUGGUUGUGGGAUGUGGGAUGCAGGCUUGAGAUGGUGGUGGGAUGUGGGAUGCAGGCUUGAGAUGGUUGCCAUCUGAGACAGUCACCAAGCCAUGAGUAGAAGUAUGAAGCUGAUGAACCUAGAAACAAUACAACCAAAUUGGGAUUUGCAGUGUUCAUUCUAGGCCAUGUCCCUUGUGCCAUUCGCCAACUAAUAUUUAAGAUGGGGCACUGUACAGGUACGUGCAGGUCGUGUCGGCGCAUCCUUAAAUGUAUAUCUGAAACACAUCACAAGUUUGUUUUCACUUAACAACUCAAGCAAAACUCAAAUAUAUCUUUGGUUUCUCUUGUUGACCUCGCCUGGAUUGAAAGUUUAUAAAAGGAAGUGAACUCAUACUAGUAGUGUAUGACUAAAAUGUAACAGCAAUUUGACAUGACCCACAAUAUUUUUGAAAAUACCCACAUAACUGAGGGCUGGUGGGCCAUGGGCUCACUUUCUAGAAACGCUUGAAUGAACACUGGAUUUGAAACCGUCAUGAUUGGUUUUCUGAUCUGCUUAGCAAACUGCAGCAUCUUUGACAGUUAGGAUAUUGGUGUCCUCGAUUACCAACAAUAUGUAUAACAAUGUAUAACAAUGCAACCUGCACCAUAAUUGAACCAUAAUUGGAUGAGGUUCUGAUGUUAAGAAGGGGUAGAUAGUGCCGGAACUGUGAUUAAAUGACAACUGCAGCACAGUUAUAGCCGAGGCUGGCACUGGCAUCCUGAGUCUGUCACUUCUCCAUGCAUUGACUAAUAAUCAGGAAGUAAUCACCUUUGCUCCCAUAUGAUAGGGUCUUGUGGUGUAUGAACAGACAAACAUGCUGGUGUGAAUGGAUUGAUAACACAAUUGAUUGGUAUUAAUUUCAUCUGUAAUGGUGUACUGGAGAAUACCUGUCAUGCUCAUAAACAUUCUGUUCAUGUACAAAAUGGUUUGCAGAAUAAAGCAUAUUUUGUUAA